CUCCCGCUCGCGUUGCUGGGAAACGACGAGGCCAGGGGGAGGGCGGCGAGAGGGCCCUACGUGCUGACGCUAAUUGUAUAUGAGCGCAAGCGGCGGGCUCUUGGGUCUUUUUUAGCGCCAUCUGCUCGCGGCGCCGCCUCCUGCUCCUCCCGCCGCCUCCUGCUCCUCCCGCCGCCGCUGCUGUCCUGAGUCACUGCCUGCGCAGCUCCGGCCGCCUGGCUCCGCGUACUAGCCGCCGAUAUUUGGAGUUCUUACAACAUGGCAGACAUUGACAACAAAGAACAGUCUGAACUUGAUCAAGAUUUGGAUGAUGUUGAAGAAGUAGAAGAAGAAGAAACUGGUGAAGAAACAAAAAUCAAAGCACGUCAGCUAACUGUUCAGAUGAUGCAAAAUCCUCAGAUUCUUGCAGCCCUUCAAGAAAGACUUGAUGGUCUGGUAGAAACACCAACAGGAUACAUUGAAAGCCUGCCUAGGGUAGUUAAAAGACGAGUGAAUGCUCUCAAAAACCUGCAAGUUAAAUGUGCACAGAUAGAAGCCAAAUUCUAUGAGGAAGUUCACGAUCUUGAAAGGAAGUAUGCUGUUCUCUAUCAGCCUCUAUUUGAUAAGCGAUUUGAGAUUAUUAAUGCAAUUUAUGAACCUACGGAAGAAGAAUGUGAAUGGAAACCAGAUGAAGAAGAUGAGAUUUCGGAGGAAUUGAAAGAAAAGGCCAAGAUUGAAGAUGAGAAAAAGGAUGAAGAAAAAGAAGACCCCAAAGGAAUUCCUGAAUUUUGGUUAACUGUUUUUAAGAAUGUUGACUUGCUCAGUGAUAUGGUUCAGGAACAUGAUGAACCUAUUCUGAAGCACUUGAAAGAUAUUAAAGUGAAGUUCUCAGAUGCUGGCCAGCCUAUGAGUUUUGUCUUAGAAUUUCACUUUGAGCCCAAUGAAUAUUUUACAAAUGAAGUGCUGACAAAGACAUAUAGGAUGAGGUCAGAACCAGAUGAUUCUGAUCCCUUUUCUUUUGAUGGACCAGAAAUUAUGGGUUGUACAGGGUGCCAGAUAGAUUGGAAAAAAGGAAAGAAUGUCACUUUGAAAACCAUCAAGAAGAAGCAGAAACACAAGGGACGCGGGACAGUUCGUACUGUGACUAAAACAGUUUCCAAUGACUCUUUCUUUAAUUUUUUUGCCCCUCCUGAAGUUCCCGAGAGUGGAGAUCUGGAUGAUGAUGCUGAAGCUAUCCUUGCUGCAGACUUCGAAAUUGGUCACUUUUUACGUGAGCGUAUAAUCCCAAGAUCAGUGUUAUACUUUACUGGAGAAGCUAUUGAAGAUGAUGAUGAUGAUUAUGAUGAAGAAGGUGAAGAAGCGGAUGAGGAAGGGGAAGAAGAAGAUGAGGAAAAUGAUCCAGACUAUGACCCGAAGAAGGAUCAAAACCCAGCAGAGUGCAAGCAGCAGUGAAGCAGGAUGGUCUACUUUCUGCUUUCCUGGAAAGGAUGAAUUUACAUCAUUUGACAAGCCUAUUUUCAAGUUAUUUGUUGUUCGUUUGCUUGUUUUUGUUUUUGCAGCCUAAAAUAAAAAUUUCAAAUACAAUUUUAGUUCUUAUAAGAUAAUGUCUUAAUUUUGUACCAAUUCAGGUAGAAGCAGAGGCCUAGCUUGAAUUAAGGGUUAUACUCAGUUUUUACCACAUUAUUUAAGAAAGGGUACCAGCUUUGGAAAGAGAUACUAUACUAAUAAGCAAGUAUAAAAAAGAAAGAAGAAAAUCUUAAAUGAUUUGAUGCUUUAAAAAAAAAUUCAUUUUCUUUGGGUUAGAACUAGAGAGAAGGCCCAAAGCUUCUGUGGUUUCUUCUAAUUCUUACUGCUUAAAAUAUGAGUAUGUCACUUACCCAUGGUUCUGCUUACUAUGUAUUAAAAUGGGUAGUACUGUUUACUUAACUACCUCAUGAAUGUGUUAAGGCAUAUUGAGUUAAAUCUCUUAAAAUGUUUCUCAAUCUCAUUAAAAGCGCAAAAUUUUGGGCCUAUUUGUAAUGCCAGUGUGACACUCAGCAUUUUGUUCACAUUACUCUUUGACAACUAAACUGGAAAACAGGUUAACAAAGGUUAAGAUAAGAGCAAAGUUAACCUAAGUUAACCUCUGUUCUGGAUCUGGGCAGGUAGCACUCUCUUAGAUCUUUGUGUGGCUCCUAUUUUUAUAGAAGUGAUUGGAUGCGCUAUUUCAUAAGGUCCAAGAAUUUUUUUCAGAUAUUUUUGAUGACUGUAUUGUAGUAAAUACUACAGGGAUAGCACUAUAUAGUAUUGUAGUCAUGAGACUAAAGUGGAAAGAAGACUAUUUUUGACAAAAGAUGCCGUAAAAUUUCAGACUGUAGAGCCACAUUUACAAUACCUCAGGCUAAUUACUGUUAAUUUUGGAGUUGAAGUUUUUUUUGAUGACAGCAAGGGUGGACUAUUGGAUUGUCAUUAGAGGAAGGUCUAGAUUUCCUGCUCUUAAUAAAAUUACAUUGAAUUUAUUUUUAGGGGUAAUGAAAACUUCCUUUUUGAGAAGUUAGUGUUAAGGUCUUAGAAUGUGAACACGUUGUUUGUAGUGCUAUCCAUUCCUCUCCUGAGAUUUUAACUUACUACUGGAAAUCCUUAACCAAUAAUAAUAGCUUUUUUCUCUUUAUUUUAAAUGAUUUCCUUUGCUUUGAUUAGAGACUCUUUUUUUUGUUGUUGUUGUUUUUUAACCAUAGUUCAUCUAAACACAGCCUUUUCUGAACUUUAAAGAUAGAAUCCCAUUUUUAAUGAACUGAAGUAGCAAAAUCAUCUUUUUCAUUCUUUUAGGAAAUAGCUAUUGCCAAAGUGACGGUGUAGAUAAUACCUAGUCUUGUUAUAUAAUGGAGAUGUGGUUUGCAGAAGAAUUUUCUUUAUAAUACUGAAGUUUCAGGAGAUGUCAGUGUUUAUGCCAUUUUUGCAGUUCCAAAGUGAUUCCAUUCCAUUCUAGAAAUUUAAAGUGUGUAACUUGAAAUCCUUAAUAAAAUUUGGAUUUAAUUUUAU